UCUGUUUAUUAAUCGUUAGUUUCUUGACUCGAGAACGUUAACAAUUAAGUUAAUUUUUUUCUCUUUUCUAAUCAUUUAAUUGAGUUUGUCUUCCAAUUUAUUGCGAAAGAAUUAAUUAACAUCAUCUUACUGAUUAAAAAUCUAAUUGGAGAACUAAAUUUUAAUCCCCUCAACAUUAAUUUAACUUCCGCCGUAUCAACAGAUGGAUUCAAUCUUAUCAGAUGAUCACCUUAUUGGUAACGCUUUUGUCAACUUAUGAUAAUCAGAAUUGAUUAGUGUCACCACCAAACACUUUCCACCUUUCGGAUACUGGAUUGUUCUUUUGCUGCCAUUUUCCAUCUUUUGUUUGUUCUUUUUUGGUGUUGGUCAACUUGUGUGUUUUUCGUGUUCUUUGUUUUAAUUUUGUUCUUUUCAACUCACAAUGAAUGGUCAGACGGGAGAAAGUGACAAUUACUCAAGUAGUAAUCACUUAAAUCAUCAUGAUGGCACAACUGAUGACCAAUGUUUCGAUUCUCAGUCAGUUGUUAUCAAUCAAUUGUUCACACAAUCAUUAGAAAAUACUAAUGAUCACCAUUCUCAACUUGUUGACCAACAAAAACAUUCAGUGAUACAUCAAGAUGAAGUAACUAAUCAUCAUCAUCAUCAUCAAGAACAAUUAUCUCAUCAACAACAACCAUCUCAAUUAUCAUUAUCCUCAUCAUCAUCAACUUCGUCUUCAUCUUCCUUGUCAUCUCCAUUCUCAUCUCAAACCACCGAACAAUCUUUACCAAACCAAAACACCACCAACAACAAUAAUGAUCAUCUCUAUGUUCCAAGAACAAAACUUUUCGUCGGACGUUUACCUGAUAACUGUACAUCAAAUCAACUCGAAGAUUUGUUCAGAAAGUAUGGACAAGUAAAAGAAUGUGAUGUAGUCGGUAGAUAUGGAUUUGUGCAUAUGAGCAAGUCUGAGGAGGCUGAAGAGUGUGUCAAAAAACUGAACAGAUAUUCUUUCAUGGGAUCCGUAUUAACUGUUGAGUUCUCUACGAGUAAAGUUCAUCCUGAACCUGGGACAUUAGGUCGAGCCAAAGGUUCUUCUCGCAUGGUUAAAGGUAUUCGAUCUCGUAUCCAUAGUCACACUCCGUAUCACCGUGAACCUUUUAUCAACCAUAGAACAAGUUUAGGUCCACCUCCACUACCACACUCUGUGCCAUUACCACCGUUACGUCCUCUUGUAAACAAUCAAAUUCCACCAUCAUCUGUUCCACCACCGCCACUACCGCCUGGACGUUUAUAUGGAGGUUACUCUUCACCUUACUAUCAAGAUGAUUAUAGAGCCUAUGAAAGAAAAAUUUACUACGAAGCAGAUUAUUAUGGUAGAGAAAGAAAUUAUCCCCCUCAUGAUCAUAGAUCAUCCGCUGGUGGAGGAACACCAGCUCGUUUAUAUUCACCUCCACCCACUCACCCUCUGCCACCUUAUCCAAUUUAUCCUAGUCAUCAUAAUAUGUCAAUUCGAGCUUAUGAACGACCAGUAAUCGAUGAACCAAUCCCCAUGUACACUUCCAGAGGCUCAUCGAUGACACCACAUAAGUGUCAUUAUCACAAAUGUCAUUAUGAUAUGCACGUUGAACCUUAUCUAAAUUAAGGUUAUUGUUAAUUGAGAAAAUUUCUAAUGCCCGAUAAUUCAAACAUGUCGCACAAACUUGUUGCUCAUUUAAAAUACCAAUGAGAUGAUGUUGAUGGUAAUCACACAACCAAAGAGAUAAAUUGAUAAAAGUCUCGUACCAAGUGAACCCGAUACCUUGGGAUAAAGGAGAAACCAAGCCAAUUGAAAUUGAAUUGAUAAUAACUUCUCAUCACUUUUACUUUAUCUCAAUCAGAAUGUCAAUCAACAUACCCUGUUACCAAAUUGAAUGUCAAAAGUUAACUUUCAACAAUUUACACUCACAUUUGAUUUUUGGUAUAUAUCUUUUUCACAAGUAAUGCCAAUCAAUCAAUAUUUAUUUUUUGUCCUCUUCCUCCUCACAUAAACUCACACCAUCUAUACCCACACCACCACCACCACCACCAUUACCAUCCAGUUUCACUCUCUAUGUGACUAUCUUUUCUUAAAUCAUUUUCAGCUCGAAAUGUUGACAUUGCUUAUUCAAAGGUUUUCGAUUCUGAUGAAUUUAAAUGGAUCCACAUACACACAUGGAACAAAUAUAAUUAAUAAUAUAUACAAUAAGAAAGUAAUAUAUUAAUAUGUAUAUUUAUAAACAACACAGUUAUUAACUAUUAAUAUUAUUAACACUAAAUCUGUAAAUUGUAA